AUGGACGUACUAAGAUCACCGUAUCAUGAGGAGAUACCAAAAGCCUUUAAAUUUGAAAAUACUGAAGGCGAGGAAAUUCUGAUGGGAUCGUAUGCCAAACUCAUCAAAUAUUUUGCCGAUUACAUGAACUAUACACUGGAAUUGGUGGAGGAGAGUAGUAGUAACAUGUCCGAAAUACAGAGAAAUAUUCAAAGGAAUUUCUAUAAUAUUUCGCUGCACAGUGUCGCGUAUAAUAGUGGCUUUGCCCGGAUUAACUACUCUUACCCCUUGGAGUGGUCAAAUACUUGUGUAAUAGUGCCUGCCAAAGAUGAAUUACCCAGAUAUUGGUAUAUAGCCUGGCCAUUUGGACGUUAUAUUUGGACAUUUUUGUUAAUUUUAAUGAUAUAUGUGGCCUAUGUCAUGACUUAUCUUAAACAUCCCACCCAAUCGUAUGGCACUAAUCUUCUGUACAGCAUGUCUCUGGUAAUGUACUGUUCCAAUGCGAAUUUACAUGUUAAUAAUAUACCUUUGCGUCUGCAAUUGUUUUACGCUCUGCUGACAAUAAUGGGUUUCAUAAUGUCCAGCUACUAUUGCAGCUUUCUAACGGUGUACAAUAUGAGACCGGUAUUUCAGCCAUUUAUCAAAACCAUUGACGAUGCCUUGCAGGCACAUAUAACCAUUUUGAUUUCAGGUAAUACUCUUGAGGAUCUCAGAAAUAAUAAAUAUGUGAAUUUAACUCGUUUAUCAAAGCUACUAAAAGAGAGCAAUGUUUGGGCUAUUACGGAACAAAUCAAAAAAAAGAAUCGCUCGCUUGCUUAUGUGAUCACUGGAACUCAAUGGAUUUUUAUUUCGAAACUUCAAAAAAAUCUCAUACAACCCAUAUAUCAAUUAUCGGACAUUUGCUUUGGCAAGGUUUUCAACACUUAUCCCAUACAGUCGAAUGCGAAAUUUUCAGAUUCUUUGGAUAUUUUUAUUUUGUUUGUCCAACAAAGCGGUCUAUGGGAGGUGUGGGAAGAAGAGGGCUUCAUUUUAGCAUUAAGGAAAAAUUCAUAUCAUUUGAUGGAGGAUGAUUAUCCCAUAGAUGCGUUGGAUUUAGUUUAUUUUCGAAUUGCUUGGAUUAUUUUAAUUGCUGGUCUAUUGUUGAGUGUGAUUUGUUUUAUUAUGGAAAUAUUGGUGUUUAAAUAUAAAUUAAAUUGUAACAUCAAGUGUAUUAAAAAGGAGACGAGAAAAGUGUAA